AUGGUGACUUUGUCGCUCUCUCACAGCGCACCGGAACUACGGGGCUACGAAGUGGUAAUAAAACGGCAGAUUAACAAGGAGACCAAUGAAUGGGAAGACGUGAGUGGAACCAAGGACUUACGCUGUCGCCAAGGUAAUGUGGUCAGGGACUUAAGGCAACUAUAGAGAACCGUUUGGCAGACCCUGUUUCCCUAAGCGGGAGGCGGUGUUCGUCAUCCGUAUUGCUGAAGGGUUUGUUUUGUUUUUAGUUUUUUUGAGAUAGUGUUCAUAUCAAGAAUUGCAGUUGCGAUUGCGCUCUCGAUCUGAAUCUUGUUUCCAGUCUUGAUUUCUAUGACGUCAGUCUUUUUUACAUUGCAAAGGAAGUAAAAAAGGGCAUAAUUAUUAUGAUAGUUUUACUUGUAUUUUUUGUCGGUAACAGACAUCGAAGAUGGGCGCCCUUCUCACAAGGAUAUACCAGACCUUUUAUUCCCCGUUGCUCAAGCUGACAUAAAUGAGUGCUCAACAUAUGCAGUGGUUUACCGUCUCAAAUCUUCUCCGCCUUACACCAUCACAUCUACUGGCGGUUUAUUCAUUCAUCCUGAUUAUCCAGGCGUGACGGUGACAAUCCCCGAGAAUGCUGUUGCACCCGAGUCACCGUUUACCCUGGAGUUCAAGGUUGGUGCAUGUGAUUCAAAAGGUCCAUUUAUAAAGAAAGUAUCAUCAAAAAGGCUUUUUAAAGUGAUACGGUUUUUUUAAAAAAUGACGAUCUAAUUAUGACCAGUCUAGAGGGCUUGACUGAAAAAUCGUUUACUGAAUAUUUGUAGAGAUCUUUUUGUUACUUAAAUUACGUUAUCUUUUUAUUUAUCGUAUGGGGAAUUCACGUCAAUUUUAAAGCCUAAAGAAUACAUGAAAUUAACUGCUGAUGAUUACUCUUUUAAAUGGUACAGGUGCAAGAAGUUCCAAAUGAAGAAUUUAAAGGGGAAGAUGUAUUUCUUGGACCUAUUCUGCGAAUUAAAUUCCUUGGGGUUAUCCAGUUCUUUAGACCUGUUACUAUUCAGCUACCAGUUUCUCUUCGAGAUCGACAGGACUUUAAACCAGAUCCCACUAAAUGCCGUGUGAGAGUGUUGUUCCUGAAUCGCGAGGAGGAAAAAAAGGAAUGA